AUGGAGCAUAUCAUGGAGACUCCCAUCACGGCUAUUUUGGGUCCGCCACCAGCCAAUGUAGACCUCAAGCAGGACCGGAGAUGGACGGACAAUGCUGCUGUUAUCACGAUCUGCGUUAUUACUGCCUUCAUGGUCGCGAUUCGGUUUAUUGUGCGGAUCAGAGGUCAGAAGCCGAAAAUCCUUCUCGAUGAGUGGCUUAUGGCAGCCACCUUGGUUCCCAUGUUCGCUCUCCUAGCUGAAUCAAUAGUUGGCGGUCAUUAUGGGCUAGGGAAGCACGUCUGGCUCGUGACGAUCGGCGCCAUGGUGAAAUUGAGAAAGAUUCUCUUCACUUACCUCUUUAUUUAUCUCUUCGAGCUAUUUCUGAUCAAAGUCUCGAUUCUGGUAUUCUAUCGCCGCAUCUUUGGGAGGCAAUGGGGAAUUUUGAUUGGUCUGUUCCUGACUACCGGAUGGGCGCUGGGCAGCAUGAUUGCCCUAUUAGCGAGCUGCGAUCCCAUGGCUUACUUUUGGUCGUCGACUUAUGAUCCCAAAGGUGGUCAUUCUCGAUACGAUUUUUACCAAUACUAUAUUGGGAACGCCGCCGCAAAUGUGGUUAUCGAUGUGUUGAUUCUGCUGAUCCCAAUCCCCGUGGUGUGGAGAUUGAAGCUGCGACUGACGCAGAAGCUCCUGAUCACGAGCGUGUUCUUUCUCGGCGUAUUUGUCUGCGUUGCAAGUAUCGUGCGACUCCACUACCUGACCUUUAUGAACGGAAGCGUGGACAUCACAUGGGUCAUGAGCAAUGUCUACGUCUGGUCCACGGUGGAGCCUUGCCUUGGCAUAAUCUGUGCUUGCCUGCCCGCUCUCCAACCGCUCGUCCAAUCAUUCAUGAAAAUGGAGCAUCUACUACAUAUCCGAAACCGAGUACACCACAGCAAACCGUUGAGUCAAGUAAAUGAGUUGCGGAAGCGCGUGAGCAAUACCAGCAGCAACAGCCACUGUCGGGCCGACACGGUGGAUUCGCUGGACGGAAAGCCGGAGCUGGGCUUGCGCACUCAUGAUGAUGAAAUCCAUCUUACGUCGUGCGUCGCUCAAAUGGAGCCCGAUCGAUGUCGCAAGGAGAGAGAAAACCUGGAGGAGUAUCUGGGUCCGAUGUUCAUCCGGGUGGAGCAUCAAGUCGAAUGGAGUGUGGAUCGAUACUGA